AGCUCUUUGGCUGCGAAGGUGGGGGUGUCCUUUUUUCCAGCGUGCCGCAAGCGCCUAUCGCUAGCUAAAGCGGCGUGGUGGAGCCUCCCUCCACCCUCCGUGGGCACUUGGUACAGUCCCAGUGUAACUCCGAGAGAUAAAUAGAGGGAAGAGAAGCCGCCGGCUGUGGAGGAAAGCGGAUUUUUUUUCUUUUUUUGCUGUGCGCGAGAGGGCGCGGCGCAGCUUGUCUUCUUUUCUCCGACUUGAAGCGUUCUCCGCCUGGAGGGAGGCAAGCGAGUUAUGGAUCAGCCAGUGCAGACCGAAGUAUGGAAAGCACGGACGUUAGAAGAGCUGGUCGAGAUCCUGCAUCAGUUGUUUUCUGGCGAGAAAGUCAAUGUGGCAGAAGUGCAAAACGUGAUGGAAUCCUACGACAGUAACCCCGAAGAGUGGACCAAGUAUGCCCAGUUUGACCAGUUCAGAUAUACAAGAAAUCUUGUGGAUAAAGGAAAUGGAAAGUUCAAUUUGAUGAUUUUAUGCUGGGGAGAAGGACAUGGCAGUAGCAUCCAUGAUCACGUGGAUUCACACUGCUUUAUGAAGCUCCUUCAAGGAAAUCUGAAGGAGACACUAUUUGAAUGGCCAGACAAAAAGGAAGUUGGAGAGAUGGUGAAGAAAUCAGAGAGAGUUUUGAGGGAAAAUCAGUGUGCGUAUAUAGCUGACUCCAUUGGCUUGCAUCGUGUGGAGAACCCAAGCCAUACAGAAACUGCUGUUAGUCUUCAUUUGUACAGUCCACCCUUUGAAACCUGUCAUACCUUUGAUCAAAGAACUGGACACAAACAAAAAGUUAAAAUGACAUUCUAUAGCCAGUUUGGAGACAGGACCCCAUAUGGAACUUCAGUUUCACAAGAGAACAACUGAGGAGCACAAAGUCUGCUGGCUUUGGGGAAGUUU